CUGGACCCGAAAUAUAUGACGAAACGUGAUCUGCAGCAUUAUUAUCGAUACUAUAAUAUGACGAAGAAUCGUGGGCAGUUCAAGAAGAUUGUAAUUGUGAUCUUCUGUGUAUGCGUCUUCUCCUAUCUCUUUGUGGACUACAAUCUGAGAACAAAGCUCUUGAGAUUACGUGAUAGAUUGGAUUUCAUAGCACGCAUCGAUGAUGAAUAUAACAUGACCCAGGCAUACUUUAUUGACACAGCCGGCUGUCGGAUGCCCUACUUUGAGGUGCUCGACGAUAACAUAGCUCAGUUCAUGUUCAAACCAAGAGCUUACAAGUGUCACAAGCCAUUGAUCCGGACCAGCGAUGUUGUUCCCGGAAAACUAUAUCUCAAUCUGAAUGCCAGCGAGCAGUUGCGACUUUAUAAUAUAACGGAUCUGUCGACCAUUAAUUGUAAAUACUCGGAAUUGCAACGCAAAUCGGACACGGCUAAUGAGUAUCUAAAAUCCGUUCCAUUCAAGCUAACGGAUACGGUACAGUUGCCCAAGGAUUUGGAGUAUAUAACUGUGGAAUGUGUUGAUGCCAUGGACACAAUUAUUUACUUGGAUUGUCACUUCUUUGCGGUCGAUAAGCCUGAGAAGAAAAGAAAGAAAAAGAAGAUCUUUAAUGGUACCCAAGAUGUUUCACAGGAUCAUCUAUCUGUCAUGGUUCUCGGCAUCGAUAGCGUCUCCCAUUUAAAUUUCCGACGUCAGAUGCGGAGAACCGCUGCCUACAUCCAUAAGAAUCUAUCUCACGUCGAAUUCUGGGGCUUCAACAAGGUGGGCGAUAAUACAUUUCCGAAUCUGGUGCCGCUUCUGAGCGGUCUGGACGAUCAGGAGCUGAAUAUAUCGUGUGUGGCACCAAUGGCAACGCCUGGCUACGAUGGGUGCUCCUUUAUCUGGAAGCGUUACAAGCAGGCCGGUUACAAGACGAUCUUUGCCGAGGAUGUUGGCUUGCUGGGAUUAUUCAACUUUUGCCGCAGUGGAUUUCGCCGAGCUCCAACAGAUUAUUAUCUGCGUCCAAUGGUACUCGAAAUGGAGAAGCGCAUUGCCUACAAAAAGGAUUUGAAUGUCAAUCUGUGCAUGGGCGGUCGACGCACAGCCGAUGUCCUCAUGGAGUACAUGAGAAAGCUGGUGCCGCACAUGCAACGUCAGUUGUUCUUUUCGUUCUUCUGGUCGGUGUCGCUGACACAUGAUUACUUUAACUCGCCCACAUUGCUGGACGCCCAGUUAGCCUUUAAUCUACGACUGCUGCAGGAGUCGGGCAUAUUGAAUCACACGCUGGUGCUGCUCAUGUCGGAUCACGGCAUGCGCUGGGGAUCAUUCCGCAAGACAUACCAGGGCAUGAUGGAGGAGCGUCAACCACUCUUGAUUGCCCUGUAUCCGACGUGGCUAAAGCAACGCUAUCCACUGGCCUUGGCCAAUCUGGAGCUGAAUGCCAAGCGGCUGACGACACACUUUGAUCUCUAUGCCACCCUGGUGCAGUUGCUCGAUAUGCGUAAAUUGGAGGCGGAUCAAUUGGAACGCAGUGCCGAGGAGCUCAAGGAUACUGACAGCACGCUGCCCCGUGGGAUAAGCCUCUUCCUGCCGGUGCCGGUGGAACGGAACUGUGAGCAGGCCGGGAUUGCGGCCCAUUGGUGCACCUGCCAUCAGCGCGAGGAAUUGCCCACCAAUGAUGGGCGUGUCCAGCGUGCCGCCCGUUAUUUAGUCCGACUGAUCAAUGAUCGCCUUGUGGCGCAUCCUCAAUGCCGCACCCUCUACUUGAACUCCAUCUUGCAGGCGUUUAUUGCGGCGCCGCAUCACAAAAUACUUAAAGAACUUCGCACGGACUAUGCCAUGGAUAUAACACUUCGGUUACAAACCAAACCAGGUCUCGGAGUCUUCGAAUCCACUGUGAGAAUGUCCGGAUAUGCGAGUGCCUUAACUGGCACCAUCAGUCGCAUCAAUUUGUAUGGCAGCCAGAGCUACUGCAUCAAUGACUCGACUCUUAAAAUGUUCUGUUAUUGUCAUAGAUAAGCCAAAGCUUUCAAAUCAAUGCAUAGCCUAUGAGUGUGUAUGAGUGUGUGUGUUUUGUGUGUGUGUGAAUUAAUUAAGUUCUAAAUUUAGCCAAACUGAAAACAAUUGAAUUUCUAUGAAAUAUUUAGCGAAAACUUUACACAAAGUUAUCCUUGAUCACAGUUUAGAGGGAUCUUCAGGUAUUGAGUAUACAAUAGUUCUACAGUUUAAGUUCAUUUAGUGACAAUAAAAAUAAUCAUACACAAAUUAGUCAUGUCUACAUUUAGUCAAAAA